AUGGCAGAUGGCAUGGCAAGAUUGAGCAACAAACCGCAGUGCGUUAUCGUGCACGUCGAUGUUGGUACACAGGGUCUGGCUGCGGCCGUUCACAAUGCUUCUUGUGGGCGAGCACCGGUUCUCAUCUUCGCCGGGUUGUCUCCCUAUACAAUCGAGGGGGAAUACCGUGGUUCAAGAACAGAAUACAUCCAUUGGAUUCAAGAUGUCCCUGAUCAAAAGCAGAUCGUCGCGCAAUAUUGCAGGUAUACGGGCGAGAUCAAGGCCGGCCGUAAUGUCAAGCAGAUCGUCAACCGCGCUUUGCAGUUUGCAACCAGUGAUCCCCAAGGGCCGGUAUACAUCUGUGGUGCGCGAGAGCCAAUGGAGGAAGACAUUGAGCCCUAUCACUUAAACCAAGAGGUCUGGAAGGCAGUAUCACUCGGCGAACUACCACCGGAUGCUGUCAAAAUGAUCUCCCAUGAGCUCGUCAAGGCGACAGAGCCUCUACUCAUUGUGGGAUACACUGGACGAAAUCCAGGAUCAGUCGCCGCAGCUGUUGCGUUAGCAGACAAAAUCCCCGGACUCCGGGUCCUCGACACAGGUGGUUCUGACAUGUGUUUUCCGGCCGAUCACCCGGCAGCUUUGGGUCUGAGGUACGGUUCUGAUCCAGCCAUCGCCACCGCCGAUUUCAUUCUCGUGGUCGACUGCGAUGUGCCUUGGAUACCGACCCAAUGCAAGCCCAGAGAUGAUGCGAGGAUCGUCCAUCUCGAUGUGGAUCCUUUGAAACAACAGAUGCCCGUCUUCUAUAUUCCAGCCUAUGCUCGGUUCAAGGUGGACUCCACUACAUCAUUUACUCAACUCAACGAUUAUCUUGCCUCGAACUCGGAGCUGAGUGCAGCACUGUCAGACGAGGCCCACAUUACAGCCCGCAGAAAGAGACAAGAAGCUCAUACCGCGAGGUGGAGUCAAUUCAAGGGACUGGCUAAAAUCCCUUCGGAUCCUCACAACACCGCCAUCGACCCCCAUGUCCUGGGUGGACAGAUCAGAGCGACUGUGCCGGAGGACACCAUCUUUGCCGUGGAAGCCGUGACUCUGACCGCUUUUAUCGCCGACCAGAUUGCACCCGUACUCCCGAAAUCAUGGAUCAAUUGUGGCGGUGGUGGCCUUGGAUGGUCCGGCGGUGGAGCGUUGGGAAUAAAACUCGCAUCCGAUUACGAGAACCGAGACAUGCAGUCGGGUGAUCGCACCGGCACCAACAAAGGCAAAUUUGUAUGUCAGAUCGUAGGAGACGGCAGCUUUUUGUUCUCCGUGCCUGGGUCUGUGUACUGGAUCGCCCAGCGCUACGACAUCCCGAUCUUAACCAUUGUCCUGAAUAACAAGGGCUGGAAUGCACCGAGAAAGUCCAUGCUCCUAGUCCACCCGCAUGGCGAGGGCAGCAAAGUCGACAACAAGGCCCUGAAUAUCAGCUUCGAGCCGACACCUGAUUAUGCCGGCCUCGCCAAGGCAGCAAGCGGUGGGCAUGCAUGGGCAGCGACUAUCUCUACGAUAGCGGAACUACUCGCGGAGUUGCCCAAGGCCGUGGAUGCGGUCAAGGGCGGUAGAUGUGCGAUUCUCGAAGUCAAGAUCGGGGCCGGACUGCCGACGGCACCUGUUGGAGAAGUGACCAGUGCAGAUGUGGGUGACUCUAGUGGCUAA